GCCUACUCCUGCCCGGCCCCCUCUCUUGGCUUUCUUCAUCCCUGUCACGGCACACGGGAACAUAUACAUGCGACAUGGGAGCGACACAAGAUCCUAGUGCGGUCAAGGUCUACACAGUCAAUGGAGAGGCUUCCAGUUCUUCAUCCUCCCUCCCGGACUGGCUCACGCAGAAGCGUCAAGCCAAGGGCAAGGGAAAGAGAGUCAUCAGGGAACAAGUCGAAGGUACGAUAGAACUCAUUCAGCACUUUGAGUUUCCCGAGGCAAGCAACAAGAUAAAGACGACUCGAGAUGGACACCAUGCGAUCGCGACCGGCACAUACAAGCCACAGAUUCGGGUGUGGGACUUGGACCAGCUCUCAUUGAAGUUUGAGAGGCAUACGGAUGCGGAGAACGUUGAUUUUGUUAUGCUCUCGGAUGACUGGACAAAGUCAAUACACCUCCAAAAUGACCGUUCGGUCGAGCUCCACACACAGGGCGGCUUCCACUAUCGUACUCGCAUACCCCGCUUUGGCCGCGCACUUGCAUACCACUCCCCCUCAUGCGACAGUCUCUUCGCUGCCUCCGGUCCAGAGAUAUUUCGUCUCAACCUAGAUCAGGGCCGCUUCCUCAAUCCUUUGGUGCUACAAGGAGAUGGAGAGGACAUCCCCGGCGUGAACGUGAUAGACAUCAAUCCCGCGCACCAACUGUUUGCGUUCGGCGUCGAGGGUAAUGGCACUGUCGAGCUAUGGGACCCUCGAUCGCGCUCAAGAGUAGGUAUUCUGCGUCUGCCGCACGAGAGGCUUAUGCCUCUGAAUGCAACCGCACUUCCUGCACUCCCUGGCAUCGACGACGGGACGCGACCAGCUCCGCUUUCGGUAACCGCUAUCGCUUCUAGACAGGACGGCUUGUCGUAUGCCAUCGGGACGUCGACGGGGCACACGCUGCUAUACGACAUACGGUCUGCGAGGCAUCUGGCCUUGAAGGACCAGGGGUACGGCUUGCCUGUGAAGAACGUGAGCUGGAUAGAGGGCGGAAGUCGGAUGGCUGGUGAAGGGUACAUCCUCAGUGCGGACAAGAAGGUUAUCAAGAUCUGGAAUCGCAACACCCCCGAGUCCAACUUUACUUCUAUCACCCCUGCAAGAGACAUCAACGAUGUACACCAUAUACCAGGGACCGGUCUCAUGCUGCUAGCCAACGAGGGUAUCAAGAUGACCACGUACUUUGUCCCCCAACUCGGUCCCGCGCCGAAAUGGUGCAGUUUCCUCGAGAACCUUACCGAGGAGAUGGAGGACCAGACGACGCGCACGGCCUACCAGGACUACAAGUUCAUCGACCGCAGCGAGCUCGCGAAACUUGGCCUCGACCACCUCGUUGGGACCCCUACGCUCAAGCCGUACAUGCACGGAUACUUCGUCUCCCUCCAGCUCUACGACGCCGCGCGUGUCAUCGCCAAUCCGUACGCGUACGCCGAGCACCGCGAGCGCAUGGUGCAGGAGAAGAUGGAGAAGCUUGCUGAGACGCGCAUCCGCGCGAAGAAGGACAGCGCAGCGGGGGCCCGUAUAAAGGUCAACAAGGCGCUAGCAGAGAAAAUCCGGAAGGAGGAGGAGCGGGCGCGAAAGAAGGAGGAACGCAAGACCGCGAAAAAGGCAAAGGCGCAGACUGUGGCAGAUGGGCAAGGCGAUGCGAUGGAGGUGGACGAGGAAGGAGGGCAGGAGAAGGAGAAGGAGGCGGGGGAGGAAAAGCCAAGCUUGCUGCACGACCCGCGUUUCGCUGCUGUGUUCGAGGACCCCGAGUAUCAGGUGGACGAGUCCAGCAGGGAGUUCGCACUCCUUAACCCGUCUUCAGUCGCGCAGCGGCAGAACCGGGAGGCUGGCCGGCCGAGGGGGAAGACUGCGGUGGAGGAGGAAGAGGAGGAGAGCGACAAGUCCUCAUCGGAUCCCCUCAGCGAGAGUGACGAGAGCGAGGGCGACAAGAGCGAGAGCGAGAGCGAGGACAGUGAUGAUGCUGGUGAACUCUGGCAGGACAGCAUCCGCGCCCGUAUCGCGGCGCGCAAUACCGGGCCCAAGCCUACUCGCGGACCUCCACGGCGCGACCCAAAGGUCCGCCUUGUGCCGCUUCAAGCCCAACAGUCCGGUCGUGCUCGCGGUGCGGAUAAGGACGCGACGUUUGGCCAACGUCGCUCACAGCUGGGCUCCAAGGGCAAGCAGCGUGCUUCGACGCAAGAUGCAGACGUCCACCACACCGCCGACGGCGUGGAGAUGACGUUCAUCCCCAGGACGACCUCGUCGGGCGCCGACUACGACGACGAGCCUGGUGGGAAGGCAGCGCAGGCAAAGGGCAGGACGAAGGAGCCGAGACGGAAGGGCGUGGAGGUAUUCGGGGCUGGCAUGGAGAAGGGUGGGGAGGACCCCGAGGUCGAGAUGGCCGAGUCGGAGAGGAGCGGGAGGACAAAACGACGACAGGGCAUGCGGAGCGGGAGCAAGAACACGUUCAGGCGGAUGUGAAGUUGGCAUUGUUGUAUGUUGUAUCUCUUGUCCUGCUCGUUCGCUUGCUGUCAUGCUGUCAUGUUGUAUGCGCG